GUCUAUUCGUGUUUGGUUUACGAAUAGUACGUUCUUUUUCUUGAGUUUUGGAACACAACCCUGCUCUACUGACAGCUCAUUCCAGAUCAUUUUGUCGCAAUAUCGCUCAGUGAGUGCAAUGCUCAGCUUUUUUGAAAUAGUUUGUAUUGGCCAGAGAGAUUUAAGUGAUACGUGAAUUACAAAUUCAUGAUUAGAAAAUGGCCGAGUCCGAACAGAGAACUAAAGACGGUUGUAAUACAACGCCGUCAAAGGAGACAAUGGUGAAACAAGAAAAGCGUGAUAGUACGUUGACGAAUGGCGGGAAGGGCUCCGGCGAUGAUGCUGAUAGCUUCGAAGAGUUACCGCUCGAUAUAGGCGAACAUUAUCUCGUUCGCAGAUCUGAUGACUCCUGGCAUCCUGCAGAAAUUAUCCAAACACGUUAUAAUGAAAAUGAAAGUCAUUAUGAAUAUUAUAUCCACUAUGAUGGACAUAACAGAAGAUUGGAUGAAUGGGUACCUCGUGAUCGAAUUAUGUCUAGCAGGUUUGAUAUGAGUGAAAUAGAACGACAUGAUAGAAAUUCUGGAACUGAUUUAUUAGCAUUAGAUUCUUCUGAUCGCAAAAUCACUAGAAAUCAGAAGAGACGUCAUGAUGAGAUUAACCAUGUACAGAAGACUUAUGCAGAAAUGGAUCCUACUACAGCUGCAUUGGAGAAAGAACAUGAAGCUAUAACCAAAGUAAAAUACAUAGAUAGAGUACAGAUCGGUAAAUAUGAAAUUGACACUUGGUAUUUUAGUCCAUAUCCAGAAGAAUAUGGCAAACAACCAAAGCUCUGGAUUUGUGAAUAUUGCUUAAAAUAUAUGCGACUCGAAAAAACUUAUAGAUAUCAUAUGAGUGAAUGUACUCAUAGACAGCCAGUUGGAAAGGAAAUUUAUCGAAAAGGAACAUUGAGUAUUUGGGAAGUAGAUGGCAGAGAACACAAAAUUUAUUGUCAGAAUUUGUGUUUGUUGGCAAAAUUAUUUUUAGAUCACAAAACCCUUUACUUUGAUGUAGAGCCAUUUCUCUUUUAUAUCUUAUGUGAGGUGGAUAAGCACGGUGCACAUUUAGUUGGUUAUUUUUCAAAGGAGAAAGAUUCACAAGACGGUAAUAAUGUAGCAUGUAUCUUAACUCUACCACCUUUUCAAAGACAGGGCUAUGGCAAAUUAUUGAUAGCUUUUAGCUAUGAAUUAAGUAGAAUUGAACAAACGGUUGGAAGUCCAGAGAAACCUUUAAGCGAUUUAGGAAAGUUAUCUUAUCGCAGUUAUUGGAGUUGGAUUCUAUUGGAAAUCCUUCGAGAUUUUAGGGGCGGGACUACUCUUGGUAUUAAAGAUCUUAGUCAAAUGACCAGCAUCUCACAAACUGAUAUUAUCUCGACAUUACAAAGUAUGAAUAUGGUUAAAUAUUGGAAAGGACAGCAUGUUAUUUGCGUCACACCCAAAUUAGUAGAAGAACACAUAAAGAGCAGUCAAUAUAAAAGACCGCGUCUUACAGUCGAUAAUAGCGCAUUGAGAUGGGGAGCACCACCUCGGAAGAAUAUAAAACUCAGCAAGAAAUAACACUUAAAUGGGUUGGUGUAAUAUUUUUCUAAAUAAUGAUCAUUUAAUAUAGUUAUAUAUACACACACACACACACACACAUGCACACACAUAAUUCAAAAACUCGAUGUAUCCGAUAUUAAUUUACGUGUGGCAUGCAUAAAUUUGUUUGUUAUUUCGUAAUACAUUUACAAAUAUGUUUAUAAUUGAUCGAUAAAAUAUCGUUCUUGAUACGAUAUUUGUCAUUAAAAAUAUAAUACAAUAUUUGUUACUAAAUAGACACAUUACUCUUAA